GCGGGUGGUCUCUAUUGGUCUUCUCGAGCGGGAGGGCGGGACCGGCGAGACGCCGCUUCCCAUUGGUCCAGUGCCGCGCCCGUCCCGAGCGGGCCGAGCGGUCAUUGGGUGGCAGCGCUGCCAGUCCCGAGGGGCGAGUAGCGGCGGCGGAGUGUCGGGGGAAGAUGUCGGGCUGCGAGGCUCGCGACGCCAAGAAGCUGGUGCGCUCCCUCAGCGGGCUGCGCAUGGUGCCCGAGCACCGCUCCGCCCGCAGCCCCUUCGGCCUGGACGAGCCGCCCUGGGUGCCCGACAAGGAGUGCCCGAGAUGCAUGCAGUGUGAUACGAAAUUUGACUUCAUAACUAGAAAGCAUCACUGCCGAAGAUGCGGAAAGUGCUUCUGUGACAAGUGCUGCAGUAAAAAAGUGCCUCUGCCUCGCAUGUGCUUUGUGGACCCUGUGCGCCAGUGUGCUGAAUGUGCCCUCAUCUCACAGAAAGAAACAGAGUUCUAUGACAAACAGCUUAAAGUGCUCAUGAAUGGUGCUACGUUCUUUGUAACUCUGGGAACGUCGGAUAAAUCGGAGCUCAUGGUCUGUCGGCUCUCCAACAAUCAGAGAUACCUGGUUUUGGAUGGAGAUAGCCAUUACGAGAUUGAAAUUGUACAAAUUUCAACUGUUCAGAUACUUACAGAGGGAUUUACUCCUGGAGGAGGCAAUACCCGUGCCAUAGGUAUGAUUCUGCAGUAUAAAGUACCAGGAUCAGAGGAGUUAACACAGAUGAAAUUUACGGCCAGUGAAGACUUCAGCUCUAACAAGAAGCUGUCAGCAAGCUGGCUGGCAGCUAUGCAUAAGGCAACAAAACUUCUUUAUGAGUCUCGGGACCAGUAAGAAAUGAGCAAACUGCUGGCAGCUUGAGAGCAGACACCAGCCUCGGAGGACCUACAUCUCACUUUGUGCUAAUUUGACAACUGGUUAACACUUUCUCUUGACUUUUUCUCAUUCCAGUGUGGUUCAUUAUGUAAGAACUGGCAAACACAAUGUAUUUCUGUUUUGAACCAUGAGUAUUCACUAUAGCGUGCAAUAUGUAUACAAUUAAUGCUUUAAACAGUCUCACCUUUUAAGACUUUGUAUAUUUUGUUAAACCUUUAUUGCCUUUAUUGGCACUUAAUAUGAAAUACGAAAGUGACCUGCACUACAGCUAAUGUACAGCACAACUUUUGUAGUAACAAUUAUAUAUACUGUUUGCCACAGAAAGCAAACAAAGGUGUAUGUCUCUUCUGCAGAGAAUAGCUUUUGGGUAUAGAUCUCAGGUUUUUUCCCUCUAUCCAAAUGUUUAAAAUCAAUGUACAAUAAAAUCUGCCUUAGAUAUGGUU